AUGCAAGCUCGCACACAGCCCAAAAAACAAGGCAAUUUCUUUACUUUCCCGAAAAUUAAAAACAGACUGCGUGGUCAAAGGUUCCAGUCACCAGAAGAAGCAGUUGACGCAUUCAAAAAUGCCGUUUUGGAUCUGCCAGCAAACGAGUGGAAUAAGUGCUUCGAAAAUUGGUUCGAGCGCAUGCAGAUGUGUAUUAAUCUUCGUGGAGAAUACUUCGAAAAACAAUAAAGUCAUUUAAAACUUAAAAGACCGUAUUUCGCAAAUCUUCAUAUAAAUGAACAUUUUUUUGUUUGAUGA